AUUCCGCGCGCAUCACGGAUGUUUUUCGUUUACCGGACACACGUUUCUGCUCUCGAGCUCUGACUCACCUGCUGACAUUAAAACCAUAAACCGGCUGUCGGUGAGAUCACAGGAACGCGAACUCUGAACACGCCGCCUUCUCUGUUAACGGAACCCGUUGUUGUUACGGUUGCGAUGUUCCUGUCGUCGGUACCGGCGCGCGUCCUGAUGCGAAGGUCGCGCAGUCUGUCGCCGCGCCGCGCGCUGCACACCGGCCACGGCGAGGCCUCGCGCUUCCGAAACCUCUGCGAGCUCGAACCGAACCGGAGCCCGGUGGCCAGCGGAUCGCGCGCGUCCAGGAAGAGCGUCGCGAGCGAGGAGUCGCGCGUGCAGUACCAUCAGCUGGCCAGCAGGUGGCGCGUGAGUCUGGAGAACCGGCGGAGCAGCUGGGCGAGUCUGACCGCCGCGGGGCGCUGCAGAGGCGGACACCAGAGCCGCUCAGAGUCCGCUGCUGCUGCUGGAGCCGCGGGCGUCGCGGGCGUCAUCUCCGCCGCGGCGCUCGCCUUCUGCUUGAAGAAAGACAGCGAUGAUAAAGGUCCUAAACACUCCACACACGCUCUUCGUUCACGAACUCUCUCUGUGUGUCUCAGGUUGUUGGCGCAGGGAGCCGAUCCGAACACUCGACACCGUUUGGGCUGGACGGCUCUCAUGGUGGCUGCUAUGAAUAGACAACACAAGUGA